CGCUCAGUCCACCUUUGGAGGCCCCCCGCGCACAUUCCACUUACCGUUUAUCUUGGCUUCUCGGGAGGAGCGCGCGCAUUGGAAAAUCAAGAGCUGGCGAAACGGCACUGCUUGGAAAUCAGUCGCCUGCCUUUGCCCGAGCGGAGAGAAUCUCGAAACGCUCGAAUCCGACCUGUCGAGGAUUUUGGCUUCUGGGUGCUGCUGCUGAGCAGCCAAAAAUCGCAGAGCGCAGAAAUCGAAUGGGAAAAAGCGCUGCCAUAGCGGGGGCAUCAAGAACGAAAGGAAUAUAAUAAAAUAUGGCCGAGGGCGAGAUGUGAAAAUGUGAAAAUGCCAGUCCAGGCCAUCGAGUAACCACGAAAAUUGCACUUUUUCCCCAAAAAAAAAUUCGUUUCCACACUAAAACCAAAAAAGAAAAACAACCAAAAAAAUCAAAGCACAAGCAAAACAAUUUCGGGGCGAGAAAAAAAACAUAUAUACAAAUAUACACAUUUCGAUUCCAAUUCUAGUGGCAAAAAAAUUCGUAUGUACUCGUCGUCGUUGCUCCUCAAAAAACAUACAUACAUACAUACAAACGCGUCCCCCUUUUCCCGCCCACCCAAUCGCCCCGAAAUCCUCAACGAAAAUACGUAUGGUGUCUGUGUGUGUGUGUGGUUCGAGUGAAAAUAUUAACAGUUGCGCUAAUGAAAAAAUACAACAAAAAAUUAAUAAUAAUAUGAAAAUAUAAAUAGCUAGAUUAUGGCAAUGGUCAACAAAGGAACCGAAUCAGCUGAUUUGUGAUAAGUGCAACGACCAACAGGAAUCACAAUCGCUUCGGGUUACAAGUGCAAUUAGCUGCCUACAUGUUGCAGCUGUUGCAGCAACAUCAGUACAAGUGGAGAAAAUCACGCAUACGCCCCAUCCGCCCAACGGGCCAAACAAUGCGCUCCACUUAGCCAAGUUGCGUGUCAAUGUGGUGGUACUCCAGUCCACCACCUUCCUUCGCACUGCUUACAAACACACACACACAUGUACAUAUGUACAUUAAUAUAUGUAUAUAUAUAUAUAUUUGUAUAUAUCGGUGUAAUGACUAGCCCAAGAAAUAAAUAAAGGCCAGAGAACAACAACUACGGGGGCAGCUCCAGCUGCUCAUAAAUUUCGUAACGCUUGUGAAAUGUGCCCCUUGGUGCACGGGGCCAUUGAAUCGCUAGAUUUUCGCCCGUAAAUCCAGAGCGGAAUAUGUAAAUGCCGUAGGCGCCACCACCCGCGCACCGUAGAUUCGAUUAACCAAAAUAAAAUAAAAAAACCAACGUCCAUACCCCAGGAGAGACCACGCGAAAUCAGGACCUAAGAUAAGGAUAACUAUUACUCGAAAGGUUAUCUGAAAAAUCAAAAAGAAUUUCUGGAAUUUUUCGGGCAUGUAAAAUCCCCUCAAGGAAAAGCUGAGAAAGCAAAAAAAAAACAUUAAACAAAACGAAAACUAAAAUCAAGAGCAGCAGCUGCACAAAGAGCAAGAACAAGCUAGAGAGCAAGUACCAGAGAGGGAUAGAGAGAGAAGGAAGAGCGCUAUAGAGUGGAAACUUUCGAUAAAAAAUUAUUAGCAAAAACAUAAAUACGUAACGGAAUCGGGAGAACCCGUGCCUUCUGCCCGUACCAAGGAAAUCGAGAAAGAGAAUAACCGAAAGCGAAUCGAAGAAAAGAGCACCCGAGCGAAGCGGGUGAGUGGGUAGGUCAGUGGCAGUGGGCGGUCCGCCAGCUGGGGCAGCACCACCAUCACCACCCAUCACCACCUCAAUCACCACCUCCAUCUCCAGCUCCAUCAGCACCGCCAGCGUCAACCUCAACUUUCAAAGGGCAGGUAGCGGCAUGUCCUGCACCGUUUCGGAGCUGCCCAGUGGCUGUCGAUUGCGCGGCAUGACUGCAUCCUCACAGCAAAGUGCCGCCAACAAUAGUGGCAACAAUGGCAAUGGCAACGGCGGCGGAGGCGGUGGCGUUGGAGGCGUCGUCGGUGGUGGCGGCAGCUUGGGCGGUGUAUCACCCACAGUGGGCGGCAGCGUGGGAGUCGGCUCUACGUCCAACGUUCUACAGGAGUCCAAUGUGGCCACGUUGCAGCGACCACAAUCACAGAAACCAUGCUGCUUCUGUUGGUGCUGUUGCUGCUCCUGCUCCUGGGCCAAAUGUCUGGCCAUCAAGAAUGCCGAUGAAAAUGCCCCCACGAAGCGAGAUCUCGUAAAUGCCGAAUUCUUAGAUGGCGAGCAACCCACACUGGAGGAAAUCCGCAGCUGGGGCAAAAGCUUCGACAAGCUGAUGAAGAGCACAGCUGGUCGAAAGGUGUUCCAGAAUUUCCUGCGCAGCGAAUUCAGCGAGGAGAACAUCCUGUUCUGGCUAGCCUGCGAGGACCUCAAAAAGGAGAGUAGCGCAGAACUGGUGGAGGAGAAGGCGCGCCUCAUCUAUGAGGACUAUAUAUCGAUCCUGUCGCCCAGGGAAGUGUCGCUGGACUCGCGAGUCCGCGAGAUCGUCAACCGGAACAUGAUCGAGCCCACGACGCACACCUUCGACGAAGCUCAAAUCCAGAUCUAUACACUGAUGCACAGAGACUCAUAUCCGAGAUUCCUAAACUCGCAAAAGUUCAAGACACUCGCUCAACUGCAAGACAACUCGAAUGCCGGCUCGAAGGCAGAUAGUCCUACUUAGAGAGGAUCCUUUGGGGGACUACCGGAUCCGUCUUUGACCUCGGUACAGUUGCGCUGUGUUGACUUCCGCUGUUGCUCUCCAAAUUGGUAUUUCCCUGAUUUUCCAACCCCGCCACCGCCGCCGACGCCGCCUCUGCUGCUGCUGCUGCUGCAAUCGACUAAGCAAUAUGUAUCCAUUAGUAGAACCAUUUAAAAAAAAAAGUAUUGCGCGCAGCCCCGAAUAGUUCCGGAGCCUGGAAGAGGGGCGGGGGAAUCGGACGACAUGCAUUCUACGUAAAACGGAUUCCUUCUCUACCUACGUUCUAGUCGUUAACUAACCAAAGAGUUAAGCACUACAAGAAAAUUGUUUACACUAAGGAGCUGGUUCGACCACAGAAAGCAUUUUCCAAACAGAAACAGAAACAAAAAGAAAGAAAAACAAACAAAAAUAGCCAGCAAGCUAAUACGAAACGAGCGACACAAAUAGCAUCUAUUGUAAUACUAGUGAUCUAAGAGACGUAUUAAUCAAAUUGCAACAAAGAUUACGGAACCCGCUAACCGAUAAGUAAAUUUAAACGUAAUCAUAAACCGCAACGUAACAGAAAUACUUUUUCCAACAAACAAAAAUUACAAACCAAAAAAAAAAUCCCAAAAAAAAAAAAAUGAAAGAAAACCAAAAAAUCUUUUUAAACGUAUUGCAUACAUAACUUUAUAAACUUAUAUAUAUAUACACAAACAGGAUAUAUACAUAUAUAUAUAUUCGGAUAUAUAGAGACAUUUAACUUGACUAGUUUUGAAAUCGUUUUAGGUCAUACGAGUAAUGACAUCGAAGCAUUUUGUAAAUACAACAGCAGACGGCAAACACUUUCUACUUUCUUAUGAGAACCCGAUCGAGGAGCAUCCUCCUUUCUUAAGCAAAUCUUACAAGGCCCCAUCUUGAGCUGUACUUUGAGCCAGACCAGAACCGAACCGAACAGACCAUAUACAUACACAUAUGUUAUAUAUAUAUAUAUAUAUAUAUAUAUAAAUAUAUAUCAGCCCUAUAAAGUCUUAGCCGAAACCGAUAUCUGAUAACCGGAACAAAUGCAUAACAAACUAACUAACGUGUACUAUAUUAUUUCGAUGUCGAGCUGAUUUCCAAGUCGAAAGAAGAACGUUUCGCAAUAUCACUGCCAACAAAUAAAUCAGAACUUCGCAAGAGAUAUAUAUAUAUUCGUAUAUACCCUCUUAUAUUGUA